AUGCCGUCUGCCCAGAAGCCGCCGCUCCGGGUCCUGUGUCUGGGCGACUCCCUGACCGCCGGCUCGCCGUCUGUCCAUCCGUACGCGUGCAAGCUGCGCGAUCUCCUCAAGGCGGCCUUUGCGACCCACGACGUCCACGUCGCCAACGAUGGCAUGCCGGGCGACAUGGUGAGCGACAGUCGUGGCACCUUUCACAAGCGCAUGAAGGGCCUGUGGCGGCAGCGCGAGUUUGAGUGGACCAUUGUGCUUGGGGGAACAAAUGAUCUCGUGUGGAGCUGCCGCCCAGACACGUUGCUGAACUCUCUGAAAGAGCUGUGGGACAUUCCGUUAUCGCACGGGGGCAAGGUGCUGGCUCUGACGAUCCCGGAGAUCAACGCCGACAUCCCCGGCCUCGAGUUCUCGCGGAAGGCGGUAAACCUGGGAAUCAAGAACUAUAAGAAACAGAACUUCUACGCAUUCGACCUGGCCGCGGCAGUGCCUUAUUGUGACAUGCCCGCGAUGGAUCGGAUAAAGUACUGGGACCCGGACGGCGUGCAUUUCACCAGGGAUGGGUAUGAUUUGAUAGGGCAGAAGGUCGCAGAGUGCCUCAUCAGGAUACUGCACCUCGAGGAAGCGCAGUCGACCGAGAUCAGCUCCAUCGUCACGGACGCCAGACAACGACGAAUGAUCGAGGAACUCAUCUUCGAGGAGGAGAGGGGCGACCCCAAGCUGCUUAGCCAGGGCUACAUCAUAGUUAGGAAGCGUGAUCUCGAUUAA